GGCCUGUGGAAAACUGUGUCUCGGAAGUGUGUUUCUCUUUUGUAUUAGCGGGUUUUCACGUUAGUGCCGCCAUAAUUGGUUAUGUCUCUUGUCUAAACGCAGUCUUUGGGUCCGCUCUGCCAGAUCAGGUUCCUUGUCCUCACUACAGGGCUGUCAUGAAAUCAGUUGAGAUCAUCAAAGUGAAAGCACCUGACAAAAGACCAAAGGAACUUUAAAAAUGAAAUGAUUUUAAACCAUUUAAGGAAGACUCAGAAAUAUAAGGCUCUCGUGUGAUCUUGCACACGUUUGUCUCUUUGUUAAAGGAAUCCAACAAGAGUUGAAAGAUAUGCCAGACCUGUUAUGCAAGUCACCUUAGUUUGCAUGUAGUUCAAAGUUUGUAAGUCUUUUGUGGAGACUUCCUGCUUCUAAUGAAAGCUCAGGAAUUCCACCCUGAACUUUUUUUCCUGCUAAAAAGCUCCUUUUAGUUACUUCCCUGUUCUGAGCUCUGUUCCAGAAGUCUAAAGUUUUUCCAAGUCUGACCACUAAUCAGGGCAUCAGUGCCUCUUUUUCCAGUACUUCUAGCAAGCCUACUGAGUCCCCUGGAUGAGAUUUACUACAUCAAAAACAGUGCUACAGCAAAAACUUUAAGUGCCCAAGAGACUUCUGUUCUUUUGGAAGUCUCCCUCCACCUAUCUCCCCACUAAGAUGGACCUAAAACUUAAAGAUCGUGAAUUCUGGUACAGUCUUCAUGGCCAGGUCCCAGGGCUUCUGGACUGGGACAUGGGGAAUGAGUUAUUUCUGCCUUGUACCACAGACCAGCAACCCUCUGCUGAGCAGCACCUUGCCAAAUACAGACUCCGAAUAAUGGAGCCCCCAGAGGUGCCUCAGGAGAAGAGACCUGGUCUUGACAAAGAUGGUCCUCACUGUGAACCCAACCUGUGGAUGUGGGUGAACCCCAACAUUGUGUGCCCCCUCGGCAGCCAGGAGGCCCCAAAGCCCAGUAAAAAAAAGGAUCUGACAAGCAUGCCUCCUUCCCCUCAGCUCCCUCUAAAGGAUGAAGAGUCAAACUGUUCAGAGGCCACAGUGGUGGAGUCCCUGCCAUCUUCCUCAAGUGAGCAGUCUCCUUUACGGAAGCGGUUCAUCUCUUCCCCUAGUGACUGGGACACAGAAGAGGAGACUGAGGAACAAGAGGACAAUUCUGUGGCCCUCCAGCCUCCUAACAAAAGGGAGUGCUUCCGGAGCCAGAAGCUGUGGCCAAUCAACAGCCAGGAGAGGAGGUCCUGGCCACGGCCUCCUCUCAAUUACAGCCACCUAAUUGCCCUAGCAUUAAAAAACAGCCCUCCCUGUGGCCUCAAUGUGCAAGAGAUCUACAAUUUCACCCGACAGCAUUUCCCUUUUUUCUGUACCGCUCCAGAUGGCUGGAAGAACACUAUUCGCCACAACCUCUGCUUCCUGGGCAGCUUUGAGAAGACGCCAGUAAGCCCUCAGGAUGGGGCCAAUGCAAAACCUCGCUCUUGCCUCUGGAGGCUCACUGAGGAGGGACACCGCCGGUUUCAGGAGGAGACUCGUUCUUUAGCCUCCGCUCGGAGGGAGAGCAUCCUACAGUGCAUGAGCCAGCCAGAGGUGAUGACCUCCCUCUUCGACCUUUGAACUACUACUGCUCCCUUUCUAGAACACUGCCCUCCUUACUGCGCCUACCCAUCCACUGACUGACCUUCAUUAAUCCCUAAGACUACCCUACCUGGUUGGGGCCAAGCUGUCUUUAGCUACUGUUACAACAAUGGUGUUAAAAUGAGACAUAGGGACAGAGAGGCAGAGCUUAAAUCCAGGUGGGGAAUCAUUGAAAAUUGCAUGGGGACAGUGGCAGUGGUUCUGCAUUUUGAGCAGACAGGAAAUCCCAGGAACAAUGGCAUGGAAGCUAAGGAGAAAAGGGUGUGUUUUGUGAGAGAGGAAUUCUGUUUAUGGAGAGUAUGCUCACACAUGAAAGCAAAUGGUGGAAUAUAAAGCAUAAAAUGCAGAAUGGAGCCAGGCCAUGGACAACCUUGAGUGCCAUGUGAAGGUGUGUAUACAUAAAGAGAAUUGGAUUUACCAUUCAAAGCCUGGAGAUUUAAGUGUCCCUCUCUACCAUUCAUCAUCUACAUCUCUUUGUUAAGUGACCUAUUUUAUCCUUUAGAGCCUCACUUUUCUCUUUCUGGCCCUGAACUUUUCAGCCUUGUUCCUUUGUCAUCCAGUUCCAAAACUGACAAAUAAUUCCAAGCAACUACUUUUAGUUUGGAUACUGAAAGCCCUUGA